CGCUGACGUUUUGAAUAGCAUAGUUUGAUUAGUUAUCACAGCGCUUUAACACACCAAACAACCAAAAAUGUUUAAAUAUAUCCUACUUGUGGCACUUAUUGCCUUCGCUGCCGCCGAUAGUGACGAUGUUCACGCAGAGGUUAAAGCCCUCACCUCAGAGGUACGUCACGACGGUUUCGAUUACGCUUUAGAGACCAGUAACAGUAUCUCUGCUAAAUCUGCUGGUGAUGAGCAUGGUAAUGUUCAUGGUGAAUUCGGCUGGGUUGAUCCUCAUGGUGAGCACGUUCAUGUUUCAUAUGUGGCCGAUGAGCACGGUUACCAACCAAGCAGCGAGUGGAUCCCAACCCCACCACCAAUUCCUGCUGCUAUUGUUAAAGCUAUUGAAUGGAUCAACGCUCACCCAUCCAAGGAAGAUCAUCAUUAAAUUUAACUUUACACUGAGCAAUAAAGAAUUAGCAUUUUUAAAAAAGAACA